CACUCAGUUCUCGUUCUGUUCUUAACGCUUUCGGUUCUACUGGCGCGCGUUCAUCCAUACACUGAAUCGUAUUCAAAAAGGACGUUUAAUUUAAAUCGCAAAACUAAAUUAAAACAUUAGAAAAUUUAUAUGAAUUUAAUAAAUAAAUAUCCUAUAGGAAUGGUACAAUAUAUGUUUUUAUUAAUUGGUGUAAUGUGCCUUAAUGGCAAAGUGACAGAAGCUGAAAUUGAGGAAAAUACCAUCAAUGGUGACGGAUCUUUUUCGUUCCGGCUUUCUAAUGACGAUAUUGGCAGUUUUUACCACAGUGCCUCGUCAAGUCCAGACAAUAUAGUACAAGGACGUUAUGGGUCUCGAAAUCCUUCCACAGGACAAUUGGAGGAAGUUAUCUACACUGCGGGGCCACGGGGCUUUCGGGUCAAUGGUCCAAAAAUUCAUCGUAAGAUGAAUUUAGCGCAAUAUCCUGUUCAAAAGGUAGGAACUGUGGAUGAUCCAUUGGCUGAUCCUUACGAUGACCCUUCGUAUAGCUUUAACUUCCGAUCAGGGCAACAAUCACGUACAGAGACCAGUGAUUCCUCAGGUAGAAUAAGAGGUCUCUAUUCAUACUUAGAUGAUGUCGGUGAACGUCAUAGUGUAAGGUAUGCAGCGGGUGCAGGAACUGGGUAUGAAGUCUUGAAUUCUGUACCUGAUAAUCCAGUAAGUGUGGCAUAUGCUGCUCCUCUCUACAAGGCCCAUCCUAAGGCGCGCGGAAAAAUGACAACACAACGUGGGCCAAAUGGUACUUAUAAAUUAAUCGCUGCUGGACCUGAUCAUCGACGCGCAGAAAGCCGAAGUCCAGAUGGGUUUGUGAAAGGAACUUACUCAUAUCUUGACGAUGCCGGUAUUCAACGCACCGUUGAAUAUAUUGCUGGACCUGGUAUUGGAUAUAGAAUUGUAAAAAAUCGUAUGGGUCCGGGAUCACAUAUAAACCCAUCAAUAACUGAGUUUAGAUUAAGAGACACUGACUUUAAGCUUUCAAACGAUUUUGGUGUAGGAGUUGGAGGAGGUAGUAGUAUAGACGGUUUCGGUGCUGAAAGUGUAUCAAGAAAAGUUCCAAACAAAAUAAAUGGUAAUAGAAGGCUUGAAAACACACUAAAAUAUAAUGUAAAUGAAUCAAAAAAUUAUAAUAAAGAUAAUGUUGAUUCUGUGCUUAAAGUUGGUUUACGAAACCAGAUGAAAAAUGAUCGUAUGGGCGCAGCUAGCAACAGCCGCGGAACUACCCGAUAUGGAAUGAUUGAUGGCGGAAGGAUGGGAGGAGGUUAUGAUUAUAGUUUGACUCGCAAACAAAAUGUCAAUCGGAAUAAUAAUCAUAACAUUAGUUCAGAAAAUCGUGUAAGCUUUCACGAUUCUAAACCAAACCUUACCUUAUCGGGUAGCACCAGAAAUAAUAAUCGUGAUCAUGGAGGUGUUAAUAUCGGAAAAGAUUACAACUACGUUUUGCCACCUUCUUCAUCAGACUUAUUAGGCUUUAAUGAUGAUGAUCUUGUUUCACUACCACCUCUAAUAACUAAUAGCCACAAAAUCUUGCAGUUGGAACGAGAAAAAGAUUGGACUCAACGACAUCGAGACUCCACUGUAAUCCAAAAUGUUGGAAAGUGGUAUAUUGGCCUACCGCCAGGGCAUAGUGUGCGAGCCCACGUUCAGAACAUAGAUUUGUUACCACUUGGUGGAAGAAGAGUACCGUCACCAUCCGAAGCAUUACGACAAGAUGAAAUUGCUGAUAUUAUGACCUCGAUGGAGAGUGGAGUUUCAUACGGAAGUUAAACCCAGAAAAUAGAUCCGAUAGUAGAGGAAACAUUUUCCAAUACUUGAGUGCACUCAUGAAAGCCGGAAAUUUAAUUAACGUAUCGUCGUAAAAUUAUUUUAAUUUUUUCAAUGUAUGAAAUAGUAUUAAUCAUAUCAACUAAACACUCACUCACAGUACUGUUCUGAAUCCAGAUCAAUUAUAAGCGGCAACUCUGGAUCAUCUUUACUUAUUUUCAUUUAGGAUUUUAAAUGUAUUAAUAUGUUCACAAAACAUUUAGAAGGCAAAUGUAUAAAUAAUAUAUUUUUUGUUAAGGGAACUUAUUUAAAUAAUAAAUAAAAAAAUUGCAUUGUAAUCACCAACCCAGAUGGAAU